AUGUCGGCCCCUGGAGAUCGUCGAGACAUUGUCAUUGUUGGUGGUGGCAUCAUUGGAUGUUGUUCUGCCUACUUCCUCACAAGACAUCCCUUCUACGACCCAGCUCGACACAAAAUCACACUUCUCGAAGCCUCCGACAUUGCAGGCGGCGCGUCAGGAAAAGCCGGUGGAUUGCUUGCACAAUGGGCAUACCCGGACAACCUCGUGGGGCUUAGCUACCCACUUCACCAGCAACUUGCUAAGGAACACGACGGCAAAAAUAGAUGGGGAUACAGAGAGACCAACUGUGGUCAGCUUGUGGUCCGUGGUCGGACAAUGGCAGAAAUGACCUCGAAAGAGACCGGCGAUGGCAACCACAAGUCGCUACAAAAGCGCAGCACGGCCGCCAUGUCCAGAUUGAAGGCCGCAAAGAUCCCCCAGGAUUUGGACUGGAUCGAGCCUGAUCUUUUACGCGCCUACGAGAGUAUGAGCGGACCAGGCGAGACGGCUCAAGUUCACCCAUACCUGUUUACGACAUCUAUGGCGAAACUCGCAGAGGAAAAAGGCGCACAAAUUAUCCUUGGACAAGUCACAGACAUCGCGCGUCCCAAUGACACCGUCGAGUCAGUCUCUUAUACUGACAAGGAAUCGGGGGAAUCGCGGACAAUCCCCGCUACAGACGUAAUUGUCGCUGCCGGGCCGUGGACUCAAGCCGUCCUCCCAGAAGCACCCAUCACAGCAAUGCGCGCACACAGUGUCGUGAUCCGCCCAACAAGAGCAAUCAGUGCAUAUGCGCUAUUCACCAACAUCGAGAUCCCAGCAAACUUCAAUCCGGCCAAGAAGUCUCGACCAACCGUGGGCGCGCCGGAGAUCUACACACGUCCCGAUGACACAGUGUAUGCCUGUGGUGACGGGGACAAGACUGUGCCAUUGCCACCGACCUCUGCUGAGGUUGAGGUGGACCUGGAGCGCUGCCAAGAGAUCAUUGACCAUGUAGGUAGCAUUUCGGAUGAACUUCGGGCUGGUGAGGUUAGUGUGCGCCAGGCUUGUUAUCUGCCAAAUGUUGCAGGUCCUGGGGGGCCAUUGGUGGGCCCUACUCAUACUAAAGGGCUAUAUCUUGCGGCAGGUCAUACCUGCUGGGGCAUUCAAAAUGGUCCUGGAACGGGGAAGUUGAUGAGCGAGUUUGUGUUUGAUGGUAAAGCUAAGAGCGCGAAGAUCGCGUCCCUUGAUCCUCGUGAUCAGCUUUGA